AUGGAGCCUGAGGACUUGCCUUGGCCCGGCGAGCUCGAGGAGGAGGAGGAGGAGGAGGAGGAGGAGGAGGUGGUAGAGGAGGAGGAGGAAAAGAAAGAGGUGGGGAAGCCGGAGAACUUGGAUGAGGCUGAGGUGGUAAUGGUGGAGGACGUGGAGGAAGAGGAAAGGCGGGAACUGGACGCGGACUUUAACUACGAGAACCAGCCUCGGGAAAGUACGGACGACGAGGACGAUGAGGAGGCCAAGGCCUGGCUGCAGGCGCACCCCGGCGGGACCUUGCCUUCGCCGUCGCUGCCCAAGCACCGCUACUCCGAGAGCGAGAGCGUGAGCACCGGCCCGGAGAAGGUUGUUCCACUGACCAGUCAUGUAUGGCAACAGUCAUUAUAUCAAGACAAGAAUAGAACACCUAUUUCUGAAUCUAAUGUGGUUUCUUUGGAAGAAACAGCUCAGUGGGGUUCUGGCGAUGAUCUGAGAACAGAAUCUUGGCAUUUUCUUCCUCAAGAAAUCGACUCUUCCCACACUUCGGAUACAACCCAAACCAGGUUUAAAGUGAGAGAGGAAGGGACAGAAAUGACAGACUUCCCCUCUGUGGAGGAAGGUAUAUUGACCCAAUCAGAAAAUCAAGUAAAGGAACCCAACAGAGAUCUCUUUUGUUCUCCAUUGCUAGUCAUACAAGACAGCUUUGCUUCUCCUGAUUUGCCUUUGCUGACAUGUUUGACACAAGACCAAGAGUUUGGGCCUGAUUCCUUAUUUCACCAAAGUGAAUUAGAUUUUGCGGCUCUGAGGGGAAUUCCUGGUAAGUCUGAAGACACAGAAUGGUUUUCUCGACCGUCAAAAGUGAGUGAGGCUUUAUUCCAGGCAGCCUCAGAAGUAGCUUCAGACUUAGUUAACAGUCACUUUAGUGUAUCCCAGCACACACUCACAGGGAGUACAGUUGUUGACUCUCAGAGCUCUUUUUUACAUUCUGAGCAAGGAAACAAAGAAGAGACUAUUUCAUCUGAUAGAGUUGAUGAACCGAAAACCCCCAAAGACUCUGAUAGUUAUGAUGCUCUUUGUUCAUAUAUGCCAUGGAAGAUACAGGAAGUUACACAGGAGCCAGAAACCACUUUAGCUAAUAAAGAUCAACUUUCUUUUUCAACUUCAUCUGAUACAAGUGAUGAAUAUGUAACCCCUAAAGAAAGUGGCAGUUUUGAUGCUUGUUUAUAUGUGCAGUAUUGGAAACAGGAAGCUUUACAACAGUCAGAAAAAUAUUUAAUCUGUAAAGACCAUGACUCUUGCUUGGAUUCAUCUGACACAGUUGAUGAAAAUAAAACUUCUGAGGGAAGUGGCAAUUUUAGUGCCCCCUUUUCAUGUAUGCCAUGGAGCAAACAGGGAGCUUCAUACCGUCAAGAAACAUGUGCAGUCAGUAAGGAUCAUGUUUCUUUUCCACAUGAAGUAGCUCCUCAUUUUAAUAAUAAUAUGUCAUAUUCUUUCUUGCAUUGCUUGUUGGAAAGGAGAGGAAAAAGUGUUGCCUUGAUGUCUGAUAGUCAUUAUUUUGAGAGUAUUUAUUUAAGGGCUCCAGCUGAGAAUGAGGUAAAAAAAAAACGAGUUUCUUUGGAGAGUUAUGAAAGAAAUGAAGAAGGUCUGGGGAAAGAAUUAUCUCAAUGUUUUGAACUGAAGGAAAAUAGUAAUACUGUAGUAUUUUCAGAGGUAUGUCCCAGAUCUUCAGAAAUACAGUAUAUUGGGAAUGUUGUAGUUCCUGAUAAUUCUGUAAAAGUUUCAGAAACACAAAUACUCUCCAGGGAACAUGACAUCUCUAAGGUAGAGACUUCUGGUGAUCCUCUUCAGACUAUUACAUUCACCUUGGAUGAGACAUCAGAGCAACUGUAUAUUCAAGAGGAAAGAAACCAAAAGGCAAGUGCUGCUUUUGGUGGGAAAAAUGUUAAUGCUACUGAGAAUGUAGCCUUUGAGGCAGUUAUUGCCUCUGUUGAGCCUUCCAAGAAAGAGAAUACAGUAAAUGAAAUCCACCCUGACAUCGAUAAAUCUUUAACAAAUUAUAGCCAAGAUAGUGAACCAAAAAAUUCAGAUCUUUUCUUGUUAAAUUACAAUGAUGCAAGCUCGCUCUUUGAUAAAUUUUGUCAUCCACACUGUCAGUCUACUUCUGGGGUGCUUGAACCAGCAGCUUCAAAACCAUUGUUGCAUAAAACGAAUGAUGAUGUUAGCUUCCUGUACUGGCAUACUAACAUAAAAUCACUCCCCAGUGCUCCUCAGGAAAUGUUCAUUAGGCCACUUUCUUCUGCUUCUUUAAGUGAAAAAUCUCACAGCCAGGUUUUUGGUCUUUGCAAAACACAAAGCCCUAUAUUUCAGUGUGAUGUACACAAUGAACCAUUUCUUCCCAUUGCAGAGAAGUCAGGAUCUUCAAACAUUAUUUACCCACUGAAAGUAUCGACUUCAGAUUCUUUGUUUUUGCAAGAUUUAAAGCAGCAAGCCUUUGAAGAAGUUGCAGAUUCUUCAAACUAUAUUUUGGGUAAGAAUGCAAAUUCUAAUCAUGUCAUUGAAGCUCCAUUAGCAGCUAUAGGAAGCAGGUUUUUAGCAAACUUGGUGGCAUAUGAUGCAAAGUCACAAGGUGCUUUACCAAUGAUCAGUGAUGCAUCAUUAAUUGCCAUUGGCCAGGAGACAUUGCUGAAAGCUGAUAUAGGCCUAGGUGAAAUUCCUCAGCCUAUGGGAGCCAAGUCCAGUUUUACGAUACAUACAAUUAUGCAAAAUGACUCCUAUCUUGUAGAAGAUCUGCAGGGGAAGUCUGAAUCUGACAUCGGUACUCUGGGUGAUGAUACUGAAUGCUGUAGCCUAGAUGAAAAUGCUGUCGUAUGCAAUAAAAGAUCUACUGAACUACAAAGAGAGAUGUGUGACCAAGGUGUCUUGACUGGUGAGUGCAUUGAGCUAGCAUGUUUAGAAAAUUUGCUUGAUGAUCUAGAGAUUUGUGACAGCUCCUUGCCCUGGCAGUCUGCUUUACAAGAACCAUCCAAGGAAGAGAGCAGUUUUGAAGAGCCUGUAGGUCAUUCUAAUACGGAUGUUAAUCAAUCUUUUUCAUCUGUGUUGCCUCCAUUUGUUCCUCAUGAGCCAAAUAGAGAGUUGGAGUAUCACUCUUCAGAUCUCAGAAUGUUGAGGGUGUCUCCUGAGAUUGUGCCAAAGACUCUCAAACAUUUAUCAGGAGACAUUUCUGAAGGAGGCAUAACUGAAAUUACUCAAUCCAAUUUGAAAGCAGGCUUCACUACCACUUCUGGAGAUUCAGAUAUUGGAUCUUAUUUACCCUUGACCCCAGAGGACUUUCCUCAGUUGGCUGUAAGAUCUUCUGUGGAGAAUACUCUUGGUCUACAUACCGACAGUCUCAACAAACAGUUAUUGGCAGAUGGUCAUGUAACUGAAGAGGCACUAAAAGUUUUAGCUGUUCCUGAACUAGCUGACCAAAGGACUGGGAUAUCAACACUACCCUCUAGUUCCUAUUCAUUAAGAGAGAAGCCUGGUAUUUUCUACCCACAGCCCUUGAGAAACAAUCAUCUAUCUGAAGGAGCUUUAAGAGUUUCAGCUGUUCCUGGACCUAUAGACCAAAAGACCAGCUUACCUACAGUUUCCCCAGGUUCCUACCUACUUGGAGAGAAACAUAGUAUCUUCUACCAACAGGUAUUGCCAGAUAGUGAUCAAACUGAAGAGCCUCCAAAAGUUUCAGCUGUUCUUGGUCGUGCUGACCAGAAGAGUGAGAAAACAACAGAAACUUCUAGUUCCUUUUCACACAGACAGAAGCACGUUGUGUUCUCUCAGCAACAACUGCCAGACAGCCAUCUAACUGAACAGGUUCUAAAAGUUUCAGCCACUCCUGGACCAGCUGAUCAAGUUACUGUGAUACCAACAGUAUCCUCUACUUCUUACCCACGUGCAGAGAAAACCCAUAUUUUCUAUCGACAGACAUUACCAGAAAGUCAUCUAACUGAACAGGCUCUGAAAGUUUCAGCUGUUCCUGGAUUCACUGAGCAGAAAACAGGGAUACCAACAGUGUCCUCUACUUCUUACUCAUACAGAGAGAAGCCCAGUCUCUUCUACCAGCGAGAGCUGCCAGAGAGUCAUCUACCUGACCAGUCUCCGCAAGCUGCAGCUGUUUCUGUAUUCACUGACCAGAAGACUGGGAUACUAACAGGAACCUCUACAUCUUACUCUCAUGGAGAGAAACCCCAUAUUUUCUAUCGACAGGCAUUGCCAGGAAGUCAUCUAACUGAACAGGCUCUGAAAGUUUCAGCUGCUCCUGGAUCCACUGAGCAGAAAACAGGGAUACCAACAGUGUCCUCUGCUUCUUACUCACAUAGAGAGAAGCCCAGUCUUUUCUACCAGCAAGAGUUGCCAGAGUCUCAGCUACCUGACCAGUCUCAGCAAGCUGUAGCUGUUUCUGGAUUUGCUGAUCAGAAGACUGAGAUACCAACAGGAACCUCUACAUCUUACUCACAUGGAGAGAAGGCCACUAUUUUCUACCAGCAAGAGCUGAGAGAUAGUCAUCUCUCUGACCAGUCUCAGAAAGCUGCAGCUGUUUCUGUAUUUGCUGAUCAGAAGACUGGGAUACCAACAGGAACCUCUGCUUCUUACUCCCAUGGAGAGAAACCCCAUAUUUUCUAUCAACAGACAUUGCCAGAAGGUCAUCUAACUGAACAGGCUCUGAAAGUUUCACCUCCUCCUGGACUUGCUGACCAGAGGAGUGGAAUACCAACAGUAACCUCUACUUCUUACUCACAUAGAGAGGCAGCCACUAUUUUCUACCAGCAAGAGCCAAGGGAUAGUCAUCUCUCUGAACAGUCUCAGCAAGCUCCACCUUUUUCUGUAUUCACUGAUCAGAAGACUGGGAUACCAACAGGAACCUCUGCUUCUUACUCCCAUGGAGAGAAACCCCAUAUUUUCUAUCAACAGACAUUGCCAGAAGGUCAUCUAACUGAACAGGCUCUGAAAGUUUCACCUCCUCCUGGACUUGCUGACCAGAGGAGUGGAAUACCAACAGUAACCUCUACGUCUUACUCACAUAGAGAGGCGGCCACUAUUUUCUACCAGCAAGAGCCAAGGGAUAGUCAUCUCUCUGAACAGUCUCAGCAAGCUCCACCUUUUUCUGUAUUCACUGAUCAGAAGACUGGGAUACCAACAGGAACCUCUGCUUCUUACUCCCAUGGAGAGAAACCCCAUAUUUUCUAUCAACAGACAUUGCCAGAAGGUCAUCUAACUGAACAGGCUCUGAAAGUUUCACCACCUCCUGGACUUGCUGACCAGAGGAGUGGAAUACCAACAGUAACCUCUACUUACUCACAUAGGGAGAAGCCCAAUAUUAUCUACCAACAGGAGUUACCAGUUAGCCACUUAACUAAAGAGGCUCAGAAAGUUCCAGGUGUCCCUGGACCAGCUCAACAGAAGACUGGGAUACCAGUGUUACCCCCUACUUCCUACUCACAUAGAGGGAAGACCAGUGUUUUCUAUCAGCAGGAGUUGCCAGACGGUCAUCUAACUGAACAGGCUCAGAGAAUUUCACCUAUUCCUGAACCAGCUGAUCAGAACACUGGACUACAAACAGUACCCUAUAGUGCCUACUCACAUAGAGAGAAACCCAUUAUUUUUUACCAGCAGGAGUUUCCAGAUAGUCAUCUAACAGGAGAGGCUCUAAAAGUUCAGUCUGUUCUGGAACCAGCUGAGAAGAACAGUGAGAUACCCUCAGGAUCCUCUGGGUCCUAUUCAUUUGAAGAGAAGCUAGGUAUUUUUUAUCAGCAGGCGUUACCAGAUAGUCAUCUGACUGAAGAGUCUCUGGAAGUUUCAUCUGUUCCUGGACCAGGUGACCAGAAGACUGGUACACUAACAGUACCCUCUAGUUCCAACUCACAUAGAGAGAAGCCCAGUAUUUUCUACCAACAGGAGUUGCCAGACAGUCAUUUAACUGAGCAGGCUCAGAAAGUUUCAGCUGUUCCUGGACCAACUGAACAGAAGUCUGGGAUUUCAGCAAUAACCUCUACUUCUCACUCUCAUAGAGAGAAGCCCUUUAUUUUCUACCCACAGGGCUUGACAGAGAGUCAUUUACCUGAAGAGGAUCGGAAAGUUAUAGCGGUUCCUGGACCAGCUGACCAGAAGGCUGGAUUGCCAUCAGAACUUGCUGGUUCCUACUCACAUACAGAGAAGCCCAUUAUUUUUUAUCCACAGGCCUUACCAGACACUCAUCUCACUGAAGAGGCCCUGAAAGUUUCCAUCACUUCUGGACCAGGUGACCAGAAGACUGGGAUACCAACAGUACCCUCUGCUUCCUACCCACAGAGAGAGAAGCAUAUUUUUAUCUCACCACAGGCAUUACCACACAGUCACCUACUUGAAGAGGCUCUAAAAGCUUCAGCUGUUUCUGGACCAGCUGACCAGAAGAUUGGGUUGCCAUCAGAACCUUCUGGUUCCUACUCACAUAGAGAAAAACCCGUUAUUUUCUACCCACAGGGCUUGACAGAGAGUCAUUUACCUGAAGAGGAUCGGAAAGUUAUAGCUGUUCCUGGACCAGCUGACCGGAAGGCUGGAUUGCCAUCAGAACUUGCUGGUUCCUACUCACAUACAGAGAAGCCCAUUAUUUUUUAUCCACAGGCCUUACCAGACACUCACCUCACUGAAGAGGCCCUGAAAGUUUCCAUCACUUCUGGACCAGGUGACCAGAAGACUGGGAUACCAACAGUACCCUCUGCUUCCUACCCACAGAGAGAGAAGCAUAUUUUUAUCUCACCACAGGCAUUACCACACAGUCACCUACUUGAAGAGGCUCUAAAAGCUUCAGCUGUUUCUGGACCAGCUGACCAGAAGAUUGGGUUGCCAUCAGAACCUUCUGGUUCCUACUCACAUAGAGAAAAGCCUGUUAUUUUCUACACACAGGGCUUGACAGAGAGUCAUUUACCUGAAGGGGAUCUGAAAGUUUCAGCUGUUCCUGGACCAGCUGACCGGAAGAUUGGUUUAUCAUCAGAACCUUCUGGUUCCUACUCACAUAAAGAAAAUUCCAGUAUUUUCUACUAUCAAGAGUUGCCAGAUAGUCACCUAACUGAAGAGGCUCCAAAAGUUUCACCCACUCCUGGAACAGGUGAUCAGAAGACUGGAAUACCAACAGUACCUACAAGUGCCUACUCAAUUGGAGGGAAGUCUGUUAUUUUUUACCAACAGGCCUUACCAGGUAGACAUGUCACAGAAGAGGCUCUGAAUGUUUCAGCUUCUCCUGGACCACCUGAGCAGAAGACUGGGAUACCUACAGUAUCCUCUACUUCCUACUCUCAAAGAGAGAAGCCCUUUAUUUUCUACCCACAGGCCUUGCCAGAUAGUCAGCUAACUGAAGAGGCUUUGAAAGUUUCAGCUAUCCCUCUACCAGGUGACCAGAAUACCAGAAAAACAACAGCAACCUCUACUUCUUACUUACAUAGAGAAAAGCCUAUUAUUUCUUACCAACAGGAGUUGCCAGGUAGUCAUCUAACUGAAGAGGCUCUGAAAGCUUCAGGUGUUCCUGGAACAGCUGACCAGAAGACUGGGAUACCUACAGUACCAUCUAGUUCCUAUUCAUAUAGAGAGAAGCCCAUCAUUCCUUACCAGCAGGAUCUUACUCAAGAGGCUUUAAAAGCUUUAGGGGUUUCCAGACCACCUGACCAGAAAACGGGGAUAGCAUUUGUAACCUCUACUUCGUACUCUCAUGAAGAGAAACCCAUUUCUUAUCAGCAAGAGUUGCCAGAUCAUAAUGAAGACUCUUUAAAACUUUUAGCAGUUCCUGGACCAGUUGACCAGAAGACCGAUAAACGAAUUGUGCCCUCUUCUUCUUAUUCACAUAGAGAGAGCUCCAUCUCUUCUUACCAGAAAGAGUUUCCAGAUAUUACUGAAAAAACUUUGGAAAUUUCAGCUGUUGCUGGACCAGCUGACCAGAAGACUGGAAUACGAGUAGUCCCCUCAGGUUCCUACUCAUAUAGAGAGAAGGGUGGUGUCUUUUACCAGUAUGCGUUGCCAGAUACUAAUGAAGAAGCUUUAAAAGUUUUUGCCCUUCCUGGACCAGCUGGCCAGAAGACAGAGAUACCAGUAGGACCUUCUAGUUCUUACUCCCUUAAAGAGAAACCCAAGAUUUCAACUACAGUUUUACCAGAUGACCAGAAGCCUGAGUUACCAACAGCUCCCUCUACUUCCCACCCACAUAGAGAGAAGCCCAAGAAUUUAACUGUGGUUGGACCAGACAACCAGAAGACUCCGUUACUGACAGUUUUUCGUAACUCUUAUUCUCAGAGAGUAAAACCCGGUAUUUUCUUGAAACAGCAUUCGGCAGGUGGACAUCAUAGAGAAGAUAUUCUGAAGGCUUCAUCUGAACCAACUGACAUGAAUUCUGGGAUACCAGUACCUAUUUCUAGUUCCUAUUCAAACAGAGAGAAAUCUAAUAUUUUAUCUCCACAGGAAUUGCCAGAGAAACAUCUAACUGAAGAUGUACUGAAGGUAUCAACAAUUCCUGAACCAGAUGACCAGAAAACCAUAUUACCAACAGCUCCUCCUAGUUUCUUUUCACACAGAGAAAAACCAAAUACAGUCUAUCAACAGGAUUUGCCAGACAGACAUCUAACUGAAGAUUCUGUGAAGUUCUCAAGUGGUCUUGGGCAAGUCAAUCAGAUUACUGGGUUAUCAACAGUUCAUCCUGGUACUUACUCACAUAGUGAGAAGCCCAAACUUGUUUCAGACCAUGUCCAGAGACUAAUAGAUAAUAUGGAUUCUUCUAACUCUAGUAUAAUCUCAAACAAUAUGCCUUUAAAUUCUCAAGCUGAUGGUAGAGUUGUUGUAAAUAAGCCAGAACCUUCAGGUUUUGAAGAUGUUGGCUCUGAGGAAUUCCAGUACACAGAUAAUAGUUCUAAAACUCUUAAACAGAUUCAGACACUUUUAAUGGAGGCAGAAAAUAUAGCACUGAAACGAUGCAAUUUCCCUGCUCCCCUUGUACCUUUCAGAGAUGUUAGUGAUAUUUCAUUUAUUCAAUCUAAGAAGGUUGUUUGCUUCAAAGAACCGCCUACAACUAAUGAAUCCAAUGUGGAUUUUCCUCCAAGAAAACCAUUCACAGAGGAGAAUCCAAGCAACAAGUAUAUACAGAAGGAUAUUAGCACACAGACGAAUCUGAAAUGCCAGAGAGGCAUUGAAAAUUGGGAGUUUAUUAGUUCAACUACAGUUAGAAGUCCUAUACAGGGAGUGGAAAGUAAAGCUGGAGUGGCAUUAGACGAAACCCUUAGGCAAUAUAAAGCAGCCAGAUCUGUAGUGAGAUCUGAUCCUGAAGGGUGUAGUGGAACCCUUGGAAAUAAAAUUCUUAUCCCUAUGAUGACUAUCAUAAAAAGUGAUUCAAGUAGUGAUGCAAGUUCCUGUUCAUGGGACAGUAAUUCCUUCGAGUCAGUUUCUGAUGUUCUUCUAAACUUAUUUCCAUAUGCUUCACCGAAGACAAGCAUGACAGAUAGCAGAGAGGAAGAGGGUGUAUCAGAGAGUGAUGAUGGGGGUGGUGGUAGUGUAGAUUCACUGGCUGCACAUGUGAAAAACCUUCUGAAAUGUGAAUCCUCAUUGAAUCAUGCUAAACAAAUACUCAGAAAUGCAGAGGAAGAGGAAUGUCGGGUACGCGCACGAGCCUGGAAUCUGAAGUUUAAUAUGGCUCAUGAGUGUGGCUACUCCAUUUCAGAAUUAAAUGAAGAUGACAGGAGAAAAGUUGAAGAGAUCAAAGCAAAGUUGUUUGGUCAAAAUGAUUUGUCCAAGGGUUUACGGAGUCCACGGGGAAUAGGAUGCAAGCCAGAAGCUGUAUGUAGUCAUGUUAUUAUUGAGAGCCAUGAAAAAGGAUGUUUCAGGACUCUCACUGCUAAACAACCACAGCUGGACAGUCAUCCCUGUGUCUUCAGAUCAGCUGAACCUUUAGAUAUUAUCAGAGGACAACGGAGCCCAUUAUCAUGGAGUACCAGACACAUCAAUCUUUCUAAAUCACUAGACCAGAGCAACCCUCACUUCAAAGUUUGGGAUUCCUUGCAGUUACAAAGUCAUUCCCCAUUUCAAAACUUUACAGGCGAUGACUUCAAAAUUGGCAAGGAUUUUCGAAUGCCCUUCCGUGAAAAGAUGGACCCUUGGCUGUCAGAAUUAGUAGAACCUAAUUGUGUGCCACCCGAAGAAAUGGAUUGUCAUUCUUCAUCACAAAUGCUGCCCCCAGAAUCCAUGAAAAAGUUUACCUCCAUCACUUUUUCAUCUCACCGACAUUCUAAAUGCUUUUCAGAUUCCUCUGUUCUUAAGGUUGGUGUUACUGAAGAUAGCCAGUGUACUGGAGCAUCUGUAGGGGUAUUUAAUUCUCAUUUUACUGAAGAGCAAAGUCCUCCUAGAGAUCAAAAACAGAAAACUUCUUCCCCAUCAUUGUUUAAAAUCAUUAGUCAUUCACCAGAUAAAGCUGUGACUAUUUUAGCAGAAAGUAAUAGGCAAGGCCAGAAAUUAUCUGUUGAACAUUCUUACCAAGAAGAGAAACUUUUAUUAGAAAGAUCAGACUUUAAAGGCAGUAAUUCUGAGCCCAGUACCAGUACAGAUCGUAAUAAAUUCAAAGAAGUUAAUUUUUCUGAUAACCAUACCCUCAUUAGCAUGGGCAGACCAAGUUCUACACUAGGAGUAAAAGAGAAGAAUGUAACUUUAACUCCAAAUCCUCCUUUGCACAUGCUUUUUGAACAAGAGCCCUUCGAACAAAGCAAAGCCCCACAUGCAGAUCACUAUGUUACAAAACACCAUUCUCCUCCUCUUCAACAUCAGCAUUAUGUAGUUCCAAACCUUCCUUGUCACAUUUUCCUUGAAAAACGAGGACACUUGGAACAAAGCAAAACCCCACAUGUAGAUCAUCAGAUGAGAGAAAACCCCUCUCCCUUUCCUCAAGGUCAGAAUUAUAUAGCUUCAGACCUACCUUCUUCCAUUUUUCUUGAACAACGUCAGCUCUUUGAACAGAGCACAGCUCCAGAUAUAGAUCACCACAUUAAAAAACAAUAUUCCUCUCUUCCUCAAGGCCAGGAUUUUGUAGUAGAGAACAGUGAUCAACAUAAGCCUAAGUCACACAUUUCUAACAUAAAUGUUGAAACUAAGGUCAAUAAUGUGGUUUCCCAAUCAGCCCCAAAUCUGCAUACAUUAGUAACAUCUCCAUCUACUCCACCUUCAAAUAGAAAAGCACUUUCUUGUGUCCGUAUAACCAUUUCUCCCAAGACUCCUUCCAAGUUGGAUAGUGGAAGCUUAGAUAAGAGAUUUCUUUCAUUGGAUUCUGCUUCUAAAACAAGGAUGAAUAGUGAGUUUAACUCUGACCUACAAACUGUAUCUUCAAGAUCAUUGGAACCAACCUCCAAAUUACUGACCAGUAAACCUGUAGCACAUGAUCAAGAAUCUUUAGGUUUUCUAGGACCUAAAUCUUCACCGGACUUUCAAGUCAAACAGUCUCUUCCAAAUAGUAAUACUGUUACUAAGGACUUGAAAACCAUACCUUCUCAGAAUAGCCAGAUAGUAACAUCAAGGCAAACACAAGUGAACUUUUCAGAUUUGGACUCCAAUCCAGAAGGGACUCCAAUAUCUGCAGAUCGGUCACUGGAGGAGAUUAAACCCCCAUUUUCUUCCUUCCCUGGAAAAUUUUCAUCUGAUGCAGUCACUCAGAUUACAACAGAAAGUCCAGGAAAAACUAUGUUUUCAUCUGAGAUUUUUAUUAAUAGUGAAGAUCAUGGAAGUGAAAUUUCAGAGCCCAGUUCCCAGAAACUGGGCAAAGAUCCUGUCAAGUUUGCUUUAUCAUCUUCAGUCCAACAGAAUACUAUUCCUCAUGGCACAAGUGGAGCCCAACCGUCGCUAUUGCCAUAUAAACCUUCUGGCAGUACGAAGAUGUACUAUGUUCCACAAUUAAGUCAAAUUCCUUCAUCUUUGGAUUCCAAAUCAGACACCACCAUUGAGAGCUCACACUCAGGAUCCAAUGAUGCCAUUGCUCCAGACUUCCCAGCUCAGGUGCUAGGCACCAGAGAUGAUGACCUAGCGUUUACUGUUAAUAUUAAACAUAAAGAAGGGAUCUACAGUAAGAGGGCAAUGGCUAAGGCAUCCUUGUCAGUGGAGAAAAAACCCUUUCAGAAAGAUAAUGCAGAUGCCCAAGUUCAAGUUUUUAUCACUGGAGAUGAGAACCUCUCAGGCAAAAACAAGAAAAAGGAGAUCUACAAUAAAAAGGCAGUGACUAAGCCUGCCCAAUCUGAAGAAAUAAAAUUCUUGCAGAAAGACACUGCAGGUUCCAGUGAUGCUGUUGCUGCAGAGCUCUCAGCUCAACUAAAAGACACAAAGAUUGAAAGGCCACCAGACACUAAAGCCAUUAAACAGAAAGAGGAGAUCCAUAGUAAGAGAUCAUUUCCUAAGGAAGCCUGGACAGAAGAUAAAGAAUCCUUGCAGAUAAAUAUUGAAGAGUCCAGAUGUCAUUCAGAAUUUGAAAAUACUACCCAUUCUGUGUUCAGGUCAGCCAAGUUUUACUUUCAUCAUCCAGUGCACCUACCAAGUGAUCAAGAUUUUUGCCAUGAGUCCUUAGGGAGAAGUGUUUUCAUGAGGCAUUCUUGGAAAGAUUUCUUUCAGCAUCAUCCAGAGAAACAACAUACUUGUCUACCUCCCCCUUAUCAAAAUGAGGAAAAGGCAAAGACAGAUUAUACCAGAAUAGAGAGUGUCAGCAUCAAUGUAAAUUUGGAAAACAAAGAAGUGAUACAUCCUACUAAAAGUCAGGCUAGAGAUUAUGCAAAGUGUGACAAACAGAUUAAUGACCAAAAAAAGGAUCUAAAAGUCAACCCAGAGCCCACAACUCAGCACAUUACAAGUUUAAAUGAACUCUGGAACAAGUAUCAGGAGCGGCAGAAGCAGCAGAAACUUCCAGGGUUCGGUGACAGGAAAGAAGUAUCCUUGGUGGAACGACUUGAUCGUUUGGCUAAACUUCUUCAGAAUCCCAUCACACAUUCUCUGCGGCCCUUAGAAAGUACACAGGAUGAAAGCAGAGGGCAACGAGACGCUAAGGAAUGGAGAGGUAGACAGCAACAACAAAAAAACAAGCUUCAGAAAAAGAAGCGAUAUAAAAGCUUAGAGAAAUGCCAUAAAAACAUAGGAGAUCUUAAAAAAAGCAAGGUGCUCUCUACUCAUCAAGCUGGAAGUUCCAAUCGGAUUAAAAUUGAACAGGUUAAAUUUGAUAAAUAUAUUCUGAGAAAACAGCCAGAUUUUCAUUAUAUAAAUAGUACUUCUUCAGAUUCUAGACCCUCAGAGGACAGUGAGCUGCUCACAGAUACUGCCACCAACAUCCUUUCUACCACUGCCUCUCCUGUGGAAUCCGACAUAUUGACCCAAACAGAUAAAGAAGUAACUUUGCAUGAGAGGAGCAGCUCUAUUUCCACCAUUGACACUGCCCGAUUGAUCCAGGCUUUCGGCCAUGAAAGAGUUUGUUUGUCACCCAGGCGAAUUAAAUUAUACAGCAGCACCACUGACCAUCAGAGGAGAUACAUUGAGAAGCGGAGCAAGAACAAAAAGAAAGCAUUGAGUACAAGCUAUCCCCAAAUGACUUCUGAACACACCAGAAGGAAACGCAUCCAGGUGGCAAACGAUAUGAUAUCUCCUGACUCUAUUUCAUCUUCUACCAGUAGUUUCUGGACCUCAAGCUCCACGCUUUGCAACAAGCAAAAUGUACCUCUGUUAAAUAAGGGCGUGCAAACAGGUAACUUGGAGAUUGUGAAUGGUGUCAGAAAACACACUCGAGAUGUUGGGGUAAUUUUCCCAACUCCCAGUUCUAGCGAAGUUAGAGUGGAAGAGGACAGUGAUGUGACUUCUUGGUCGGAAGAAAAAAUGGAAGAAAAAAGGCUCGUUACCAGUUAUCUUGGAGACAAAAAGUUAAGGAAGAGCAAGCAGAGGUGCUAUGAAGGAGUUUCAUGGUUUGUUCCUAUGGAAAAGGUGAAGUCUAGUCCUAAGAAGGAAAACCUGCCCAAGCAUCGUGGCCCUGGUAUCUCCUGGUUUGCACCAAUAACCAACAUCAAACCUUGGAGGGAACCACUGCGGGAACAGAACUGGCAGAGUCAGCACACAGAGAGCCACGGGUCACUAGCUGGCCCAGGCAGAGGUCCACUGAAGCCAUUCGUGAGAGCCACUUUACAGGAAUCACUUCAGCUUCACAGACCUGACUUCAUCUCCCGCUCUGGGGAGCGAAUAAAACGUCUGAAGUUAAUAGUCCAGGAGAGGAAGCUGCAGAACAUAUUACAGAGAGAGCGGGAGACGCUGUUCAACACUGUGACAGAAUGGCAGGGCCGCCCGGACCCCAUGUGCCCGCUCCCUAAGAGAGGUUUCCUGACUGCCCAGAAGGGCAGGCCUGUUGGAAAGAAGGAAAUGAUUCAGAGGUCUAAACGGAUUUAUGAACAGCUUCCAGAAGUACAGAAAAAGAAAGAAGAGGAAAAGAGGAGAUUGGAAUAUAAAUCAUACCGGUUGCGAGCCCAGCUGUAUAAAAAGAAAGUGACCAACCAACUCUUGGGGAGAAAAGUUCCCUGGGACUGAGAUAAAAUUAUUUUCUUCAGAGCCUUGGAAUUUUAUUUUAUAAACCUGAAGAAGCACAUUCUUUACUUUUAUGAGACUGGUUUAAUAAAACUAACUCCUUAUUCCAUGUGUAAUUUAGAAGUAGUAACCUUUUAAAGAGUCUGUGACAGAGUUGUAAUUAUUAAUGGUUUGGGAGCAAUACUUUGUCUACAGUGGCCUUGUCCACAGGGAUGUUUGUUAUAAUGAUAU